UGUUAUUACUGUUAAUAUUUCCUCAGACAUCAAAUCAGCACCAUUCGUAUUGUUUUAUGCCAGUUCAUUUAAUAUUUAAUUGACAAAAGUAAACUCGACAUCAAUCCAACUAAACAUGAAAUUAAUUUGGAUCAAUUGCUUUAUACUCAUUUGUUUACAAAAUCAAUUCUUAGCCAACCCAGUUACAUUAGAAGAUGGCGUUUUACUUCGACAAAUUGCUAAUAGCUACAGUGCUCCAUUGGUUGCUUCGUUUUUACAUUCAAGAAUAGAAAAUACUGCUGAAAUGGUUGAAGACAUCAAGAAUUCGUUGGAAAAUCUGAGUGCAAAUCAACGAAAUUUGUUCAUUUUGAAAGUAAAAAGUCUUGAAGCGUUGGACAAACAAAUAACUUCAUUACAAAAAACAGAUUAUUUCAACUUCAAUGGAACCGAACGAGUUAAGUAUUUAAUUGAACAAUACAUUUUGAAUAAUGAAAUGUUUCCAACUGAGUUGGGAUUCGAAGAGGCAAAAGGCAACUCAACUCCAGACGAUUUGCUGAAACAGAUCAAUGUUGUAUCAAAUGAUGAUCUUAUCAAGAAUACAAAUGAUCUUAUAAACGUUUAUCUCCAAGACAUUGAAGAGAAGGAAUCGAAUGAAAAAUAUAAUGAGCUUCAGAAAUUUGCUGCCUCGCUAGCUAAACAUAAACUAAAUCCUUUAGUCAACUUUAAAUAUACCGCACCAACAACUCAACGUGAUCGCUAUGGAACUCAAACCGGCAUCUCUGAUAUUCGUGCGCCUCAAAUUGAGUCUGUUCUGCGACAGUUGAAAAACAUUGUGGACCUUUUUUAUCCUCAAUUUGAUAAUCUCGCGACUCAAAGUGCACCAUCAGCUUCACUUGAACCAGUCACACCAGAAGUCAAACCUCGAGUUGAAGUCAAAAAUGAUCAAUAGCGGAAAUAGCUCAACAGUUAUAAUUUUUAUUGAUUAAUAAUUUACUAAGGAUCAUUAUAUUUAAAAUGAUUAAAUAAAACAACUUUUUUUCAA